CUGCGGAACAUUAAUAAAUAUAUAUCUCCGUCUCGUCGUGGAGAUACAAGGUGUUGCGCGAUCUAAAAGUAUUUCUUUGCUGCCACGGCCACCAUGUCCAACGAGGUCAUUCUAUACGAUCUCCCUUCCAAGGGAGGCUUCUGCUGGAGUUUGAAUCCGUGGAAAACACGCCUGGUGCUCAACUACAAGGGCAUCCCGUACAAGACGGAGUGGGUCGAGUAUCCGGACCUGAAGCCGACGUUUACAAAGUUUGGCCUCCCCCCCAACAGCAGCGGGCCGUAUGAAUACACCUCGCCGGCCAUCCGCCUCCCGUCGGGCGAAUACCUGAUGGAGUCGCGGGCCAUCGUCGACAAGCUGGAGCAGCUGCACCCGUCGCCGCCGCUGUCUCUGGACUCGCCGUACCUCGCGCGCGCCGAACAGCUGGUCCCCAAACUCGCCAACGCGGUCCGCCCCAUCUUCAUGCCGCUGGUGCCCAAGACGUUCCUGAACCCGCCGUCGCGCGACUACUUCGUCGCGUCCCGGGAGAAGGCGCUGGGCAUGCCGCUCGACGCGUACGCGGCCGCCAACACGGCCCAGGCGUGGGAGGACGCGAAGCCCGUCGUCAAGGAGGCGGGCGCCGUCUACGCCGAGAACCCCGACGGGCCGUUUCUCCUGGGGAAGCAGGUCUCGUACGCCGACUUCAUGGUCCUGGGCUUCCUGCGCAUGAUGGACCGGUUGGGCAUCAAGGACCGCUUCUUCGCCAUGGAGGGCGGGGAGAAGUUGAAGGAGCUUUACGAGGCCGGGGCGAAGUGGUUGGAGAGAGAUAGCUACUAAACGAGCAUAGCGCCCAGGGUUGGGGCGGGCGGGCGCCGCCAUGUAUUUAAAUUAGAUCUCGAGGAAAUGCUGGCCUCGUUUUCA